CGCACUGGUUAUUAUGAUGUUCAGCUCCUUUUCCAAGUCUCAUCCAUGUGGAUUCAUACCUAUUCAAAGAUUUGAUUCGUAUCAUCUUGGCAUCUAAGAAACUCAUCCAUCCAGCCCCCACAUGCGGUUUUUCAGAGGACUGCGAUGGAUGGUUAAAUCUAGGGAGUUUCUAAAACCAAGGUCCUGGUGAGAUGUCCUUGAGCAGCAACAUAAGUCAGCCUUCUUCAUCAUCUCUGCUUUUCAACAGCUCCACCCCUCCGUAUUCCCUGCAAUGGGAGAAAGAAAGUUCCAGUUAUGAGUCUGUGCAGGAGUGGCCAGAAAACAAAACCCAGCUCAUCUCAGACCUCUCUGUACUUGAGCAUGAUGAGCAGUGCCAUAUGUCUCCCAUCCUCACAGCAUGUCUUGUAGUGUGGUAUAGCCUCACAAUGGUGUUGGGACUGGUGGGGAACAUUGGCCUAAUUUGCAUAAUCACCCAUCGCAGAGAAAAAGUCAAUGUCACUAGCAUUUUCAUUUGCAACCUGUCAUUUUCUGACAUUCUGGUGUGUGUGUUCUGCCUCCCAUUCACUGUCAUAUACACGCUUAUGGACCAUUGGGUGUUUGGGUCACUGUUAUGCCGAUUGGUGCCAUUUAUUCAAUGCAUGUCUGUGACUGUGUCAGUACUGUCUCUUGUGUUUAUUGCCCUCGAAAGACAUCAGCUCAUCAUUAACCCCUCUGGUUGGAAACCAAGCAUUCCUCAAGCCUACAUUGCAGUUAUUCUGAUUUGGAUCCUGGCUAGCUUCACCUCCACACCUUUUUUAGCUUUUCAGCUGCUCACAAAUGAGCCCUAUACCAAUGUAGUCCUGCCAUUUGAUCUCAGAGUUUCUCCCCAUGCAUAUGUCAAUGCAUCUCUGCCUCAACCUGUCUCACAUACAUACAGAAACUCAUCUGUGCCUCUAAACUUAUACCGCUCCCUGUUUUCCUACGUCCCCACCUCUCCACACAUGGAGGCCUGUGUGGAACACUGGCCAUCCCAAGAACACAGGGUCGCUUACACCACAUGGCUUCUUCUGUUUCAGUACUGUGGCCCACUUCUGUUGGUCCUUCUAUGUUACGUCAGAGUUUUUGUGCGUCUUCGCCACCGGAAAGAAAUGCUGGACCGUGCCAGGAUCCCAGAGAGCCAGCGGAUAACCCAUAGUCGCCGAAUCAAUAUCAUGCUGGUCGCUCUCAUAACGGCCUUUGCUCUUUGCUGGCUUCCGCUCACCAUCUUUAACGUGGUGGCAGACUGGAACCAGGAGGCUCUGCCUGUCUGCCAUCACAACCUUCUGUUCUCCCUCUGCCAUCUGCUGGCCAUGUCGUCUACCUGCAUCAAUCCUAUCAUCUAUGGUUUCCUCAACUCCAACUUUCGGCAAGAGGUGCGAGAGGUUCUCCUGCACUGCCGCUGUUUUCCAUUAGAAGAGGAGUGUGAGCAUUUCCCAAUGUCCACAGUGCACAUGGAAGUGUCCCGCACCUCUGUGCCUCUCCCCUGCAGGAGCAAUUCUGUCUGAUUUUUAAAUUACUGUUUGUUGUAUGCCUCUGUAUAGGCUGUAUAGUCACAUGAUAUGUACAGUUGUUGGACUUUGGUUGUUUGAACUAAUGACAGUACAACAGUUUUGUCAGUGGUUUACAGUGAAGUGUG